AGAGACCACCAAGGAGAGAUCCUGCAGAGCCUUGGAUGCCACACAGAUCCAGGGCUAUUCAGAAGCUUCAAGGAUAAAAUAAGAGCCUGUGAUUGAGGAUUCCUAGGAAAGAAAGAAGAAAAUGGCUUCCAAAAACUCCUGGCUGCUCCUGCUCCUGAGCUGUGCCAUAGUCACAGGCAUCGAAGCAGAUAUUAUCAUGAGACCCAGCUGCAGCACAGGAUGGUUUUACUACAGAUCCAAUUGUUAUGGAUAUUUUCGAAAACUUCAAAGUUGGUCCGAUGCUGAGUUGGAGUGUCAAUCCUUUGGAAAUGGGGCCCAUCUGGCCUCUAUCCUGGAUGCAAAGGAAGCCAAAGUCAUAGCCAAGCACAUCUGGGGCUAUCAGCGAAACCAGCCUGUUUGGAUUGGCCUCAACGACCCCCAAAAGAACAACAAAUGGAAAUGGAUUGAUGGAGGUGUGUUCUUCUUCAGAUCCUGGGCUGACAAAUCUUUCCAUACUGAUAAGACCUGUGCUGAGAUAUCUUAUCAGAGUAAUUUCUUAACCUGGAAUAAAAAUUACUGCAGCAAGCCCCAACACUUCCUAUGCAAGUAUCGACCCUAGAAGCAAGACCACCAGCAACAAGCAGGUUCCUUUGUCAUCUUCCUCCAAAUGACAAGAUUACAUGAGCUACCAGAAAGAUCUUCCCAACUAGUUUUUAAUCCACCAUGUGUCAACAAUGGAGCCAACUGGAUUUUGAAGCCUUAACUUUACAACUUUGUAGGUUCUGCCCUUCCCUCUCUCCUGCCUCUGUCUUCAGUCUGAAGACAAAUAGACUGAUGACAGGGACAGGGGAGGGGUAUCACCCCCAAAUAGUAGAGGAUCUCCAUGACUUUAAGCGAUGAGAGGAGUAGUACUAGGAGAUAAUUAAGUUUUCUGGGCACAUAGUAGGCUGCUUGCCCCAGAUUUGUGGGAACUUUCUCCCCCAGGUUCACUUACCCUGACCCUGGUAAUACUUACAUAAGCCCCUGACUCUUUCUAGAAGGAUAUAGAGCCAAUGCAAAGCACUGUCUGUCCUCCAUCAUAUUAGAUACAGGUCAUGAGCUCUGCGGUUUCCUUUAAAUAAAAAGCUAUGUGCACAGAAGCUGCCUUUGUUUCAUUUGAGGUUAUUUAGAUUUCAAGGACCACACUCAAACUUUUACUCCACAAUUCCCUCCUCACUGACUCUAUCACCCUUCAUAAUGGCCAUCUCCAAGAUACCUGUGUAUGUGUGUGUAGGAUGC